AUGCCUGACUCGUGGGUCUACGGCGUGGCUGGCUCGUGGGUGCGACAGUGCUUGCGGUGGUGGGUCUACGGUGUGGCUCGACUUGUGGGUCUACGACGGUCUUGUACCAGGGUGUUGCAAUACUUCAGUAGUCUAAUGCAAAUUCUACAUCCCAAAAUCAGAUACAAUUUGGGUCAAAAUAAGUAUGUUGUUGCUUUCUUCUUCAUUGCCUUUUCAUGCUUGUUGGAUUACACAAAUGGUGUGCUUUCUUCCAAAGGGGUUAAUUAUGAAGUUCAAGCUUUGAUGGACAUUAAGAACUUGUUCAACCAGUACCAAGGUUGCCUGCCAAGACCUUCAAGUAAGUCAUUUUCUAUAUUCCUAACCAUCUCAACAUUGCACUUCACCAUAUCAUACGGAGUUGGAGUUGCUACAAGCACAAGAGUGUCGAACGAAUUAGGUGCUGGUAAACCAGAAGCAGCACGGUUAGCUGUUUGGGCAACAAUGUUUAUAGCAACAACAGAGGCAGCAAUUGAGAGCACUAUUCUCUUCCUGUGCCGUUCUUUUGUGGGUUAUGCUUACAGCAAUGAGAAACAGCUCGUGAAUUAUAUUGCUUUCAUGACUCCUCUGAUAUGUCUCUCAGUUUGUUCCCAUGCUUUGUUUGAUUCUUCAUUUUGUUUUCUAGUUGAUUUUCUAGCAUUUCAGGAACUUGUUACUGCUUGUUGUCAUCUUGGCUUGCCUUGUCCAUGGGGUUGA